AUGCCUCCACCAUUUGAUAUGAUUUCUAAGAUGCAUCCUCCUAGAGAGGCUUGGAGGCUGAAAGUUAGGGUUCUAAGGCUUUGGGUUGUACCCUCUUUUGGUAACCAUGAGGUUCCUAACUCAAUGGAGAUGAUUCUCCUUGAUGAACAUUGUGGAAAAAUUCAAGCUACAGUCAAGAAACCACUCCUUAAUAGGUUUAGGGAUCAUAUAGUUGAAGGACAAGUUUAUAGAAUGGCAUAUUUUAGUGUUGUCUCAAAUCAUGGUAGUUAUAGAGCAACUUCCCAUGAAUUCAAAUUGGUUUUCCUUCACCGAACCACUGUUGUAGCUGUUGAUGAAGAUGUUAUCCCUAAGACUUGUUUCAACAUGUUUCCUUUUUCUGAGCUGCUGAACAUGACCGAAGAUUAUGAUUUUUUAGUUGAUGUCAUUGGACUUUUAACUUCAGUUGGAGAAGAGAAAGAAUAUGCAAGAGAAGGAAAAAUUGUGAAAAUGAUUGCAUUGGAAUUAACUUCAAAAGAUCUUACAGUGCGAUGUGCAUUGUUUGGGGAUUAUGUUAAUCAAGUAAAUCAUUUCCUUGCCUCUGGAUAUGUGGAGCAGCCUGUUGUAGUUAUUCAACUUGCAAAAGUCAAGUUCUUUCGGGGUCAAGUAGGUCUUCAAAAUGUGAUGUAUGCGACACAAAUGUUAUUUAAUCCUGAUAUUCCUGAAGUUGUUGAAUUCAGGCAGAGUAUGAUUGAGCAAGGUGUCAGUGGUACCCAGCCACUGUUUAUUGCAAAUGAGGGUAAAGUUCUCUCCUUGGAAGAUGAUUUCAUGCGUCUUACUAGAAAAUGCACUAUUGAAGAGCUUCAAGAUAAGAAUCAGGAGGGUUCUUUUAUCAUUUUUGGAGCAAUCCAAGGUAUUGUUGAGGAUGGAGUUGAAGAUCAUACUGGGGAGGGUAUUUUCCUUCUGUUUGAUCGUGAGGCUUCCUAUUUGCCUAAGAAAUCAUGUGCUGAUUUGUUUACUGAAGUUCAAAGAGAUGCAAGUGUUAUAUGUGGGGAUACUUAUCCUCCCAUAUUCCAAGGGCUCAUUGGAAAGAAGUUGCUGCUCAAGGUUGAUACCAAAGGUGUCCCACAUGAUACAUUUUAUGGGACUUUCCGAGUUACGAGAAUUUGGGAUGAUUCCACGAUCAUUGCGAUGUUUGAACUUCCCAAUUAUGAUGCUGAUGAUGAGUGUUCUCCAAAAAAGGAGCAUGAUUUACACAAAUCUGUUCCUGCUGGAAAAGCUGAUGUUGGUAUUAAGAAGGAGUCUUCUGAUAGUUUUAUCAAAACUGAGAAAGAUGCUGGUGAUUAUGUUGGGAUUUUGUGUAAAUCCCCAGUUCUUAUAGAUUUUUUGGCUGAAAAACAGCCUGUUAUUUCUGUGGGGACUGAAUUUGUUGGCUUAAUUGAUGGUGAGCAUGGAAAUGAAGAGAAAACUCCCAGCAAUGAUACUCUUAGUGAUGAUCUUUCUGCUGAAAUCGAUAUAUUGCUUAGCUCAACCGAAAAAGAAACUCAGGAGCUGUUGUCCCAUGUUCUUGAAGCACCUUCCCAAAAUGGGGAGAAGCUUACCCAUGAAAAUCAUGUUGUGACCUCCAAGAGUAAGAGAAAUUUGAAUCUUCAGUUUGAAGAGGUUGCUGUUGAUGCAGAUGUGCGUGGGUUGAAGGUUGCUAAGGUUAAUGGAGUUUGA